UCUCAGCUUCCCUCCUCCUCCUCCUCUUCAUCACAGACUCACCUCCUCCAGCUCAACAGCUUUCCUCCAAGAUGGCGGCGCUGUGGCUCCAGUCGGUCUCUCUGCUCGUCCUGAUGCUCGUGUCCUGGUCGGGCUCCCAGGCCGUGGUCCCCCCCCAGCACCUCUGUGGCGCUCACCUGGUCGACGCCCUCUACCUGGUCUGUGGCGAGAGAGGCUUCUUCUACACCCCCAAGAGAGACGUGGACUCUCUGCUGGGUUUCCUUCCCCCGAAGUCGGGCGGAGCAGCAGCGGGCGGCGACAACGAGGUGGCCGAGUUCGCCUUCAAGGACCAGAUGGAGAUGAUGGUGAAGCGAGGCAUCGUGGAGCAGUGCUGCCACAAGCCCUGCAACAUCUUCGACCUGCAGAACUACUGCAACUGAACCCCGUUAGCCCCCCCCACCCAUCGCCCCCGGCCCGUGGCAGCAGAGGAGCGGCACUGCUGUUGUGUCUCUCUCAGAUGAAACGCUGAGAAAUGGAUGAAAUUAUUUUUCCUAGAAAAUAAAGUUUUGUGAAUUCAGAAAA